AUUGCAUUUCUGGUUUGCACUCCACAUGAUUAGGGCACAGCCCUCUCAGGAAUUUUCAAGGGUCCAGUAACACAGCUGUCCGCAAUUUCUCAAACGCGAACCCUGCCUCUGCAUCCAGCAUACGGUAUAGCAGUCUUCACUCUCGCACCCACCCGCAACGCACGGACGAGCGGUAUGGUCAGCAAAAAGGAGGUGGCUGCAGCUUUCCUUGUUGCCGCGGAGGCGCUUGGCGUGGAGGGGGAGGAGCUUGGCGACUUGUCUGCCUGUCUGGCUUCGUUGUCAGAGGACGAACUCGCCUUCUUCCCAAAAGGCGACAACAAGGCCAUCAUCAAGUUCGCGCGCUCUGCUUGUGCAAAAGCGUCGGCGGCCGGCCCGGGCGUGGGGAGCGCGGCAGGACCCGACACAAGCACUACGUUCAUCCGGGACGUCCUGCUCGCGCAACCGGCAAAUGUCAUGAACCUGUUUAGCGUGUCACAGGCAGGCCUGGACCAGCCGCUGGGUGCUAAGCUGCCGGUGUCCAGCUGGGCUUUGCAGGCGCUGGGGUCCGGCGAUCAGACCGACGACCAUGAGCUGAGCAAAUAUGUGGAGCUGCAGCCGCAGCUUACAGUUGCCAAAAACGCACAUCGGCUGAGUUUGAUCACAGCAGCGGCACUCACAGGCUUGUUCGGCCAGCAGGAGGGUUCAGAGAUGAUGAACACGAUUAGGAUCGGUGCGCUUGUGGACACGCCGCUGAACUUCGCCGCAAAAAGCCUGGGCCUGCCCUUUCGGAUUGACCGCAACACCGCGGACCAGCCAGGCGCAACAGCACGGCUGCUUCGCCCGGACUUCCUCUUCUGGCUGCGGAACAUCCUGCUCUUCAAGGGGGAGGAGAAGGCAGCCUCCGCCGAGCACGAGACUGCGAUUGCGGAGUUGAAAUCCAAGAUGGCGACCGCGUGGAACCCGGCCCUGCUGCCGGGCGUCAGCCUGCCAUGCAUGUUUGCGUACGCAGCCGCUGGCAGCCAGGUGCAGUUCUUUGCAGUCACAAGCCGCGACGGUGCAGUGGAGGCGACUCCGGUCAGCGACUGCCUGCACAUCGACACACCGCUCGGCCGCAUCAAGGUCGUGCACCACACUUUCAAGGUCCUGCAAGCGGUGGCGGCGUACGCACCCAGUGCGCCAGACCUCUCCAUCGCACUUGGGCAGGUGUCCAAGGCGUUGACGCUCAACGGCAGCUUCCUUAGCAGUGUGACUGUGUUCCCAGACUUCAUCCGGAAGCAUGUCAACCUUUCACAGCUGCAGGGUGGCGUCCUGGAUCACAGGGCCCUGGUGGCUAUGUACCACGCCAUUGGUCACGUUCGCUGCCUCAACCUGGUGCGCCUUCGCGGUGAUGGCGGCGUGAGCCUGCAGGACGACGGCACAACGGUGCUGCACCUGGAGCCCCUGGGGCUGCCGCUGGGGCUGACUGGCAGACAGGCCGUCGAGCGCGAGGGCAGCCUGCGGGAUGCGGUCCGAGGCGUGCUGACGGCGUUGGUGGUGCUGCACGACGCAGGCUACGUCCACCGAGAUAUCCGCUGGCCCAACGUGAUUCGGCUGCCAGGGGUGGCGGCGGCCGCCGCGAGUAGCUCAUCGGACGUAUAUGUGCUCAUUGACCUGGAGCAUGCAGCGCCCGCGGACUGCCCCCUGGAUUGCCGGCAGCCGCCGUACCGGCUGCCCACGUGGCUGGGCUCGCAUAUCCUCGACCAGGCCACUGGCCGGUUCACGUGCGAGUCAGACCUGUGCCUGGUGGCAGAGGCGCUGAUGUCGCACCUGCCGUUCACUUUGAGCGACAGUGGUCAGCGCCUGCGGGAGCAGCUUGCCACCCGGAAGCUCCCCAACGCUCGGGUGGUGCUGGAGCACGAGUGGCUGCUGGCAGCAUCGCCGUAAGGACGACGACGAAGGCGACUGACUCAUAGCAGCUGCACAGAUGAGGUUGUCUGGAUGGCUGGUGCCAGCGGGCGCCUUGCCCCUAGCUCAGCUGCUGGGAGCUGCGCGUUGCACCUGCUGCACGCGAACUGCCAUGGCUGCAGCAGGGCGCGCAGCCAACGCUGACAUGCACAAUGCCUGACGCGGGCAGAGGCUGCUGUGAAAGUCUUCUUGAGCAAAUAUGCUCGCGCGCGUGGCGUACAGCAGCAUGUGCGCCUAGGGUGUGGGAUCACGUUAGUUUGUGGGCUCUGAGGGAUGGACGUGCUGAGAUGGUGUCACGUGCACUGGGUGUGUGUGCUCGGUGAGGCAACGGGAUGUGGGAGGUAAACGGCUUGGGAGUCUGAGUGCGUGCAUUGAAUGGGUAGUGUGUUGCGCCGUGGACCUAAACCCUAAAAGCCGUGUGCACUGCUGAAGCCGGUGUGCAGGAUUUACCAGGCAUGGUCGCCUACCAACAAUAGACCGCCUGAAUGAAUACGUACAUAAAUCCAAAUAUCGUGUUUUUGUGGGUGCACAUUUUAGUCCAGGCGAGCGCAGCGAGCUGAGGUCGCGUGCAGUUUCGAAAUGUAAUUGCGGCUGUCGUGACCUGGCGUGUGACCGUGCAUAACGUGUGACUGAGUGAUUUGGGUGUGGUUUUGGCGUGUGGGAAGAGGGGAACGUGCCCGAGGUUGGUUGGCCCGACACGGUGUAUUGCAUGGGAGGCCGGAGUACGGGUGAUCAGAGAGAGGAUAUAGGUCGCGUCUGAGAGCGGCUAGAGCCGUCUCUCAUUCCGAUCCUAGGCGAGACAGUCUUUGACCGUUCUAUAUGAGGGACCCGUCCUAGUGGAUGUUAAACUCUUUGGCAACAUGUAAGCCGAAACGUGA